CACGUUUAGGGCACGCGUUAACGUGCGACCGCGUUGGUAGGUGUUCUGUGACCGCGUGUUUCGUGUGACUGGUGCUACCACGAGCAUGUGUUGUGCUGCGUAAUCUUUUUAACGUAAAAUGUUGUUACAGUUCGUUUUCGUCUCCUAAUCUACAAAGUUGUUCCAGGAAGAACGAAAUGGAGACUCCUACAACCCACCAGUGACUUGAGUGUCGCACGAGCAAGUGAAAUGCAGCCGGUACCAUCAACGGACCCGUUUCAAAACCAUCACAAGGAAGCAUCUGAUCAUGACAGCAUAGUGGGGCAGCAGGCCUCAUCUGCUCAAGGCACGAAAAGCUUGGAGCCAAAAGUGUCAUCUCGUCGUAUUACAGCCCAACGUAUGGUAGGAGCCUCGGUAGCUGAAGAGAGCAUAGAGCAGCAGGCACAAGUACUUCCUGAUGAUGUGCUGGAACAAGUAGCAGAAAUUGAAGCACAUUGUGCCACUAAAGCUGUAAAAGCAGUAGCCCCAAAAAGAAGGCGGAAGAGGACUGCAGCUGCAGUGUGGACAAAUGGGGCUCUGUGCCUUCAAGCAGUGGAGCUAAGCCGCCCAGCCCCAAUUGCUGAGAAGGCUAAGCAGUUCCGCGAAGAGAGCCUUUAUGGUGGUCGGAUUCGCAGAAUGACAGCUGAGACUUUUCGUGGGCUGCAGAAGAAGAAAGCAGUCAGAAGAAAUAUGAAAGCAAAUGUGAAACACAACUAAGAUUUUGACUGCAUUGAUGCUUCCAUUAUGUAAAUACAGAGAUCACUUUUAUAGUAAUAAUAAUAAUAAUAAAAAAAUAAAACACUUUCAUUGGCUUUGUA